GCCAUGACCUGCCAGGCCCUUUGGGAUAGCAUGGGGAGGGCGUUCAACAUGGAGUCAAAAGCCGGCUGCUUCCCGACGUUUUCAGAGCGAGAACUGUACCGCAGCGUCCAGGCUGUGCUGCCGAGAGAAACAGACAUCCACCAGUCCCCAGACUGUCUUAACAAAGGAAUGUUAAGAUGGACGCUACACAAGAAAGUUCAGAACAAUCCCGCCAACAGCUUGUCCCUGCUGUGGGUUCUGAUAAAAGAGCUGGAGAAGGCGGAGAGGUGGGACAGUCUUGAAUGCAUCAUUCCUUUGCUCCACACGCUCAUGUAUGCCAUCAUUCAGACAGCCUGCAUCCCAGAUGAGUUGUACAAGCGUGUUUAUGACUUCUGUAAGCGACUGCUGACCUACCCUCAGCCCUACUGCACCAUUGGCCUCAAUUACACCAGGAGGAUAAAAACCGAGCGCUCCGUUCCAGGUCUACUGUAUCAGAGGAUGGUGGUAGCAGAGCAGAGACUGAAGAAUGACCAUUAUCCCUUUCAGGAGAGGGUUUUUGUUCUGGCUGAUCCAGAGGUCUUUUCUGCCUCUCUGGCACAAGUCGUGUUGGCUGACAUCGAGGCAGCAUCUGCUUCAAGUCCAAUAGAUCACAUGCGCAAUGUGGUCCAACACUCCAUCCAGGCCACUUUAGGCCAGCAGUGCCAUGGACCCAAACUGGCUAAGACCUUAAAAGAUAUAGAUGUCGAGCCUAAUUUUCAGGAUGUGAUUGCGACUGCAGAGCGGUGUGUGGAAGAAGGUCGCGGCAGGGUGGGGGGUGCACUAAAGAGCCGUCUUCAGCAGCUGCACGGCGACAUUGUCACAGGCGUGAACUCGGAGGCUGCUUCCUCUGGACCACUUUUUGACUGCCCCCUUCCCAACCCCGAGAUGAGCUUCCACCUGUGGACAGAGGAUCUGGAUAUCUGGAGGGAGGUGGCCAAGUGGCUGCGAUCCAGUUCUUCGUCGGAGCAGUUCUCCCUCAGCCCGGAGCAUGAGGACCCCGAGCUGGGCGAAUCCCCCGGUGACCUGUUGCCACCUGACAAGACCCGCUUUUCUGUCUUGUCUAACGACAGCGGCAUCGAAAGAGACCUGUCCCACAGUGGUGACGCUUCGCCCGUGGCAUCGCUCGAUUCGGGCCACGUGAGUGCAUCGUGGGAACCUUGCAAGAGCGAGCAAGAGUCAGUCAGGUUGGCCCGACGUGGAGGCAUGAAGGUGAAACCGUCCGUGAAGGACAGCGUGGCGCUGAUGCAGGACACCUUGGAGGGUCAUGCAGGAGGGCUUGGGAGCAGGGGAGGAGGAAGAGAGGUCAUACUGCAGAGGCGAGCAGGAAGCAAUGCCAGCCAGACCCCCUUCCCCAAACAGCACAGACUAUUUACCGCCAGGAUUGUCGUCUUGGGGGGUGACAGUAUAGUGGGCCGCCUGGCCAAAGCCUACUACUGCUUAAGGAAAAGGGAAGCCCGCAGAAUUUGUCUUACCAUGAAAGUCAGCCUGCAAUUUUACUACAUCCCUGUUUGCGCCGCGGCAACCGCGACUUCAUCUGACAAGGAGAACCAUCAGUCCAAACAGACUCCAUGCACUCUCGGGUCAUAUUUGAGCACAGUGGACCCGUGGUACAACUGCAACAUCAGCAGUUUGGGCUGCAUGAUCCCCAAACUAGCUAAAAUGCAACAAACAAACCCAUCAAAGCCAAAAGAGCCAUUUGUGUCAGACGUUAUUUCCUACUACGUGCGAAUGGGCCAGCAGCCGGUGUACUUCAACAUCUACUUUGUUAAGAUUACCUUUACAAGCAUGACCAAGGACCCAGUGGAGGAUGUCUUUCUGACACAUUUAGAAGUGGACGUUCCUGACCUCAGACACUCUUCAGCGCCAAUGAGAGAGAAGCAGAAGAAGUGUGUAGCAGAUGUAUGUGGAGCUCUUGUCUGCAUCAGUUACAAAAAAGUGACACUAAGUGGCCGCGACACUGACAGAGGCCUCCCCAUGAGGACAACAGGCGGUCACGUCAGUGCUAUUCCCUCGAGUGCAAAAGAUGAUCUCAACUGUUUGACGCUCACCUUGAAAGAAUGGCAAGCAAAAGCUAAAAACAACAAUGUGGUGUUCAAAAUUAGGAGCAACAACAUCAAGAUGUGUUCACUGGAGAGUCGGUCAUCGCUCAGAAUUACAUUAGACAGAGAUUGUCAAAGGAUCUACAAUGAUGUUCACAGCAUUGAAAUCCUUCCCUGCCUUGAUCCUGGAUACUGCGUCCAAAAAAAUAGGAUGUCCAAAUUGAACCUGGGUGGGGACAAGGACGCGGGACUGAGCAAGUACAUGAGUAAAGGACUUCCUCUGCCUGUCAACACGUUUGCCGGCAUCAUCAACUGACCUGAGCAGAAAGACGCACGGACGACAUAUGUGGAUGGAAAAGCCUGGCAAUCAAAUCAUCUGAACAAAUGCAGUGCUUUUUACCAUUUCUUCCCACUGUGCAGACAUCCAUUCACCUUGCAUUCAUUAGUGCCUGUAAAAGUACUCACUGGCCACUUGAUUAGCUACACCUGCACAAUCUGAUGACGUGGAUCUCGUUUUCUUGUGGAAGUGUACCGCAAAGUGUGCGCUGAUAAUGGUGUCAUUGAAUUUGCACCACAUAAUGAAUUGUGCCGAACCACAUACAGAACUGACACAACUACCUUGUCUUGAACUGAGAAGAGUCUUUAAAGCUAGUGAACAUGCAGUGGAACCUCCAAAGCGGAACACUAUUUGUUCCAUGAUAUCAGUUGACUUCCAAGUUGUUCCCCAUCAGGAAAUAAUGGAGAGUGAAAUCAUUUAUUACAGUCUCAAAUUAACUGUACAGGCCACACUUUUAAGUAACAGUUAAACUAUUAUAUCAGGUGGAAAAACGUUAACCACUGUAUUAAUAAUAUAAAAGAAAAUUACUCUCUGUUUUGAAGAUGCUAAAAAACACUUAAAGGAGAAGAAACAGGAAGAGGAUUUAAGGCAACGUACCAAGCUCAGCAGGUAGGGUCGGCCCGAGAAGGACAGCCGGUUAUCUACAAACUGCAGUCGCUGUUCACUGCAGAGAUUAGCCAGCCACCGGUUAAGUGAGAAUAAUCUCCGAAACCUCUCAUCAUUCCUUCUCUCAGGUAAAGGACCAGAGACAUUACUCGUUAACAGCAGUUAACUAAUUUUUACACUUGUAUCACAGUGGGUAAUGUCGCCUAAGUAUACGUGCUGUAGAGAAUGAGUGGACCCUCCAAAUUGUACGAUUUUCAGGGGUGUUUGACUUUGGAGGUUCCACUUUAUAGGCAAGAUUCUGUUCUACAAACUUGUUUCUGAAAAGGCAAAAUGGGAUGAAAGUGUAAAUUGCACACACGCAACCAAUCGGAACCUCAGUAUCUUGUUGUCGCGUUCUUGUUGACGUUGCAUGUUUGUUUUUUUUUGCCAAAUCCUUGGGGAUGGUUAGAGAGCAGCUGUGUGUGUGUGUUGUGAUUGCACAUCAGAGGCAUUCAUUGUCAAGGGCCUGUUGAAGAGCUGACACUUGCUAUUCAUAGGAAAAUGUGAUUGCAUCUCUUCACACAAGCCACCUAUAGCCAUCUGACCCAAUUGCAAUUGUGCAUAUAUGUGUGUGUGUAUGUUGACAAUCCU